AUGUUCUUUCUGUUGGUGGCUGCUCUCCUGGGUUCCAUCGUCCAUGGGCGCUCCUAUGACCGGAUUAUUGGGGGUUUCGUAUGUCCGCGAAACUCCAAGCCUUGGCAAGUCAGCCUUCAAUAUUUCGACCAGCAUGCUUGUGGAGGAGUCCUGAUAGAUGAGAACUGGGUCCUGACAGCAGCACAUUGUGAAUUGCCGAGUCUGCAGAUUCGCCUUGGAGAACAUAAUCUGGACGUUUAUGAAGGGACAGAGCAGUUCAGCUACGCUGAGAAAAUAUGUCCUCACCCAGGUUUUAACCCACGAACCUAUGACAAUGACAUCAUGCUACUGAAACUGGCUUCUCCUGCCACCCUCGAUGAGUACGUCCAGACCAUCCCCAUCGGCUGCCCCUUACCCCCUGAUGGGACCAAGUGCUUUGCCUCAGGAUGGGGGUCCACCACCAGUCCUGAUGGAACCUUUCCAGCUGAGCUGCACUGUGUGAAACUGAACACUGUUCCCGACAAUAUCUGCAUGGACGCUUAUCCCGGGGAGAUAACGGAGAACAUGCAUUGCGCCGGAGUCAUGGAGGGUGGGAAGGACACCUGUCAGGGAGACUCUGGGGGACCCCUGGUGUGCAAUUCAAAAUUAUCCGGAAUCACUUCAUGGGGUAACGUACCAUGUGCCGUACCCAAUCUUCCAGGCGUAUACACUAGACUGUGCAAUUACCUGGACUGGAUCCAAGGCACCAUUACAAAUGGCGACUGUCUCCAAUAA